AUGGCUUUGAAAAAGCAUGGACCUAUCGAUGCUUGGUGCCAAAUUGCCCAUCCAGAUUUCAUUAAAGGUGUUCCGGAAGUAUCCCGUCUUUUGAUGCAAUCAAAAACACCUCCAGAGUAUACGGAAAAGGGUCUUACACCAGAACAGACAAUUGAACUAUUAGAUGAAGCUGGUGUAGAAAAAUUAUGUUUAAAUGCAUGGUAUAGACCUGGAAAGAUAAUAAUUUCUAAUGAUAUAGUAAGUGAAUGGGUGCAAAGAUAUCCAAAUAGGUUUAUUGGAAUCGCAGGGGUCAAUUUACUUGAUCCUUUCGAUGCAGUUAAAGAAUUGGAAAGAGCCGUUAAUGUACUCGGUUUUAAAGGCCUUCGUGUUAUUCCUUGGCUUUAUGGCCUUCCACCAAAUGAUAAACACUAUUAUCCUCUUUACGUAAAAUGUAUUGAAUUAGAUAUCCCAUUUUUUACGCAAGUUGGGCACACAGGUCCAUUAUGUCCAUCUGAAACAGGAAGACCAAUUCCCUAUAUUGAUGAAAUCGCUCUUAAAUUUCCUCAAUUAAAAAUUGUUGGAGGGCAUAUUGGUUAUCCUUGGACGAAUGAAAUGAUUAGCCUUUGUUGGAAGCAUCCUAAUGUUUACAUCGAUACUUCUGCAUACCUUCCUCGUUACUAUCCUUCAGAACUUAUUCAUUACAUGAAAACAUACGGUCAAGAUAAAGUUUGUUAUGGUACAAAUUUUCCUCAACUUAGUUGGAAAGACACGAUGAAACAAGUAGAUGAAUUAGGUUUGGAUGAUAAAAUUAAGGAUAAAUUUUUGUACGGAAAUAUUGCCAAACUGCUUAAAUUAGAAAAUAAGGCAAAAUUAUAA